AAGGCGAAGACGAAGACCCAGAGGAGCAGGUUGAAACUUUGUUGAAUUUUGCGAGCCGAGUUUCGUGCUGGUAUCUUGAAGGAGAAAAAACUAUGGAGGUUCUGGUGGGUUCCACGUUCGGCAUCGAGGUUGCUGCGUCCGCCACAUACGUUAGAGACCGUCCUCAGGAGAAGAUUUCCUCCUCCUCCUCCUCCUCCUCCUCCUCCGCCGCCGCUUGCUUGUUUAUCAAGGAGCACGAUGCUGGUGGCGCCGAUCCCACCGGGGAGGGAACAGGGUCGGAUCUCGGGUCGCCGGAGCUAUCUUCGGAGAGUUCGUCUUCGAUCGGAGCUCCGGGACACAGCGAUGAUGAAGAGGAAGAGGGCGUCGUUUCAUCUGGGGGAAGUGGUGGGUUGGCUUCUUUGGUUUCUAUAGAGGACUCUCUUCCCAUCAAGAGGGGAUUGUCGAAUCAUUAUGCAGGGAAAUCAAAGUCAUUUGCUAAUCUCUCAGAUAUAAGCUCAGUGGAAGAUCUGCAGAAGCCAGAGAAUCCUUUCAACAAAAGGAGGAGGGUGUUACUUGCAAACAAGUGGUCCAGGAAGUCAUCUUUCUACUCUUGGCGGAACCCCAACUCCAUGCCCCUCCUUGCUUUGAAUGAAGACGAUGAAGAAGAUGGAGAGGAUAAAGAAACGCCAUCAAUAUCAUCAUCAUCAUCAUCAUCAUCAUCAAAUGAUAAACUAUCAGUAGCCGCACAAAAACCAAAAUUGCAGCAAAGCAAGCUGAAGGCCACUUUUAAGUCGCAGAGUUGUUUCUCUCUAACAGAUCUGCAAGUAGAACAUCAAUGACGCCCUUUGCUUUCGGCAUGAAAAAUGCUUUAGGAUUUAGAUUAGACCCCCCUUUUUUUGGUUUUUAUUUUUAUUUUUUACUUGUCCUGCCUUUUCUUCUCUAUUUACUCAGAAGAAAAACAAAAUUUUUAGCAAGUACAAGUAUAUAUAAAAAUAAAUAUGUUUACAACAUGAAAUCAUCCUCCUCAUUUUUGUUAUAGUAGACACGAGAUGGGGUAGACAUAGUUAUGGAUAGAGAUGAUGGAUCAUGUUCAUGUAUGUAUGUAUGAAUGAUAUGUGUUGUAAAUUCUUAGAUUUUCUUUUUCUUGCAUAAAGACUAACCUGUCCUUUUGUUCUUAGAACACCUAGGUUGUCGAAUGGGGACAAUAUUGACAUUUAAGUUGUCUGGUGACAGAUAGGAGAUCUGGGGUUACACCAUUUUUUUAUUGUCCAAGUGGAUAUAGUAUAAUAAUGGAGUUAGCAGUAUCUUAUUUCAA